AGAGGCGGAGCUUUGUUACGUGGGAAAAUUAAAGCGUUCUCGGGAGCAGCUUUCCGAACAUCUGGUAAGCGCGGUUCCGCAUGUGGUGACGGCGCAUCACCCGCUUCCACCCGUCGCGUUUCCUGUUAUGCCUCGCGCUGCUCGGUGUAAAAGUUCAGGCACAUUCAGCGGCGGCGUGAGAGCAGCUCGCCAGCGCUCGUUUGCUCUGAUAUGAGGGUAUCGUUCAGCUUCUUUGGCGUCUUUCUGUCUUUUCUCUGUGAUCCUGUUCAUGGAAAUGGAGGAACAAUUGGCUGCGCUAACAAGGGCGGCUGUGAAGUAUACUGCUCAAUUUGUGUGAAUAUAACAGCUCAAGAAUGCUAUGAAAUACUGGUGAAUCACUGGUGUAAUUAUCAUUUUGUUUUGGCUAUGGACUCCAUGAACAGUACAGACUGGUGUUCACUGGAGAAAGUAAAAAGUGCAUACAACAAUUUCACAAUGUGCACUGAGACUGUUGCUGACUGUCUGCUGGUUCCCUGGCCAAAUCGAUUUGUAGAACAGAAAUUUGUGGAUAUCCAUGCAACCUAUUUUCACGAUUGUCCCACAGAGGCACUGAGGGAUCCCCCUCCCAGCAUCAUCCUUGCCCUUGUCAUGACCCCCAUAUGCCUAAUCCCUGUUAUGGUGGUCCUAGUUGUUUUCAAGACUAAAAAUGGAGACAGGAGGUCAUGAAGCAGACUCCAGAUGCAAGAAGAUUUUGUUCCUGUUUAUUCAUCAGCUUUAUUUCUUUUUCAUUCUGGAUGAUGUCCCACCCAGGAAUGAAAUGAACUUGCACCUGGUAUCAUCCAGAAUGGAGGAUGAGCAUUUGUUUUGGGAGUGUCCACUGACUGGAAAAUGUUACUGUACUUUACUAAAAUAAUUGGUGGUUAGAAAUGUGUAUUUAUCAUUCACUUACAAACAAGAUGCAUUUCUGACAAUUUACAGUAUUAGUAUGAAAAUCACAUCUCUAUAGCAUAAAUAUGUUUUGUUGUCUUCAUUCUGUGAAUACACAUAAAUGUGAAAUGAAGAGGUCAAUUUGAAACAUUCAGACGCAAUGUGUUCAUAAACAAGAGUACAAAACACAACACAGAACUACAUACUGAUCUGACUUUCCACUUUAUGCACUGUAAGAAUUAUUUAAUCCAUGUUUUAAUGUAGACUUCAUUGCUAGUUCAUUGACAAGAGCUGUUUAGCUGACUGUUUAGCAUACUGUAACACCGUUUCUAUUUUGACACAAGUCAUAAUGACUGACUUUUUAAAUUUAUUAUGAGGAAUUAAGCAUAAAUGAGUCAACCUGAAUGCAUGACGAAACAAAGCCAAAUGAAAGUUGUCCAUUUUCAACAGGCAGCUCAUUGAGAAUCAUUUUAUUUAUAUUAAGUUAAUGAUAUACACGUUUUCUAAAUAAAAAAAUAAGAUGGAAGAAAAUGAAGGCCGCAACGUUCAUUGCCAUUCCCUUUAACACAGAACUGCAUUGUAUUUUAGAAAAAUUUAAUUCCUCUAUCAAUGUUGUCAUAAGAAUAUGAUUGGGAUUUUCACUCAUUCAUUUUUUUUUCAGCUUAGUCCCUUUAUUAUUAAGGGGUCAGUCACCAUAGCAGAAUGUACCACUAACCUAUCCAGCACAUGUUUUACGUGUUUAACGGAUGCCCAUCCAGCAGCAACUGAUUGGGAUUUGUUUCAUAGUAUUUUAGUAAUAGAACGUUUUAAAUGAGGGAAAGCCAUUGUUUUCAUAACUCUAUUAUAGGAGAAAUCUUUGAAUCUUUUCAAGUGCAUGUCUACAGAUUUGUUUUGUUUUGGACAUCUGUGUCAAACACUUUGGAGAACCACUUUUAAGAGUCUGUGAAUAAUUUUAUAUUUCUCACUUUACUUUGGGAAGUAUUUUUAUAUAAUUAAACGACACUUUCUCUACCCUUU